AUGUCGCUGUCCGGCUCGUCCUCGGCGCUUCACCUCUCCCUUCCCCCUACCACCCAAUCUCGCCCCCCUACCCAGAUCAACGUUCACCCCUCCGUCAUCGCCUCCAUCCUCACACAUCACUCGCGCCGCCCCGACUCGGAUGCGCCUCGGGUCGUCGGUGCCUUGAUGGGUCAGCGGAAUGAGACCGGGACAGAGGUGGAAGUGAGGAGCUGUUUCGCGGUGCCGCAUUCGGAGGACGCGGAAAAGAUUGCGCUGGACAUGCCUUUCCAGCAGAGUAUGGUGGAGUUGUUGAGCCGGAGUGGAGUCAAGGAGCAGGUUGUUGGAUGGUAUUCCACAUCCCCAACAGUUAACAACUACUCUGCCCUCAUCCAGGACUACUUUACCAACGAGACAUCACCAUUCCCCGCCGUCCACAUGACGGUCGACACCAACAUGACCGAAUCGGGCGAGGGUCUCGGCGUAAAGGGAUACGUCUCGAUGCCGCUGGGUAUCACGUCAAAGCCGGAGAACUGCAUCUUCUUGCCUAUCCCCGUGGCUGUCAAGUUUGCUUCGUCAGAAAGACCAGCGCUCGACCUUUUGACCUCUUCUGCGGUCAAGCCCGUCCCUUCCGCCCAGCCCCCUCUCGCCGCCCUCUCCUCGUCCCUCAAUCAGCUCUCUACCCUUCUCGACCAAUCCCUCGCCUACGUCCAAUCCGUCAACACUGGCUCCGCAAAAGCCGACCCCGAAGUCGGGCGGUAUCUCCUCGAGGGUGUAGGCCGGUGGACUGCUACUGGAUCAGAAGAUGAGGGAGGCGUCAAGGAGGGUCUGCAGGACACGUUGACAGUGACGUACUUGGCCAACCUACUGAGGAGUCAGAUUGAGCUGGCAGGGCGGUUGACGCUGUUACAGCAGGCCCAGGCGCCGCAGCAGCAGUAG